CGGGGGGGGAGGGGGGUUGACGAGGUGCGGGUCGGGCUUGGGCUCGGGCUCGUGCCGGCGGGGUGCGGCUCGGGUGGGGUGGGAUUUCUUUUUUAUUAUUUUUUAAUACCCUUUUAGUACGGUUGAUUUCAACCGGUACUAAAGACCCUCCUUUAGUACUGAACUAGCAAUACCAGUUGCGCAACCGGUACUAAAGGGGAGUUCCCAACCGGUACUGAUGGGGUUUUCCCAGUAGUGUUUAUGGCUGAAAAAGUGGAAAGGGGAUCGACUGGAGAUGCUCCAUGAAAGCAACUUUUUUGAAUUCCUCCCGUCACCCGUGGACAAAAGGUAUUAGUUUAGUGUCAAAGUUAGACCUUCUUCUAUUGUUAUAGACGCUAUACAUACCAACUUACUAUACUUUUCCACUAAAACGUUUUGAGUUCAAACAUGAUAAGGUUCUGAUUUCAGAUUUGCAAAAGACGAACUGAGGGGUUCCAGGUUUCCAAUUUUCAAUUAAAAUUAAAUGCCCAUAAUUGGAAAAAAAUCCAGAAUAUCUAUCAUCCUAAUAAGAUUUAAAAUAUAAUAUAUGAAAUGGGAACACCUGCAAGGCAAGAAAACAUAUUGGUAAUAGACACCCUCCAAGUAUGUCUAAUCGAUUUCAUAUUACAAUAGGAAGCGAUCACUCAAAAGCUAUGGUCCAAAAAUAUUAUGUCUACUGACGAGAAGUUAAAACCCUCAACAUCGUAAGUAAACUUUUAAAAUUUGAAUUCAAAAGUUUCCUAUGGGAACCUACAAUGCGAGUAAAAUGAUAGCAUCACACUCCUUUCAAACAGGUCUAAUGGGAUUUCAAAUUCGAGUACGAAGCACUCACUCAAAAGUUGUAUUAGCCAAAAGUUAUAUUAGUCAAAAGUUAUAUAUUGUAGUUUCAGGGCCUGUUUAUUCCUCUGCCGACCACGAUGCUAAGCUUUCUUACACGUAGGCAAUUGAGAUUAUGAACUUCCGGGAAGCUAUGCUCUCCACACCGUCUUCCAGGAACCUUCCCUCGCCUCAGGCCCCCACUUUUUUCCCCAGGGAAAAUUUGCUACGGCAGGCAUAAAAGUAUAAAACGGCAUCAUUGUUGCUCGGAAACGGCAGAGACACAGUACACACCCUUCAGAGUUGGGACAGGGCUAGCGAGAAGACGGGAGCAGGUCGCGGUCGCAGGCUCGGAUCGGUGGAUGGAGGGCGGGAAGACCGGCGGCCUGACGGCCCGUGGCACGGGGAAGGCGCCCGGCCCGCCGCCGCCGCCGCCGAGCCGCGACGAGGCAAACGGCGGGCACCGCCGCGGGCAGAGGAAGGGCAUCUGGCCGCGCGGCCGUCGCUUGGUCGUAGCUCUUGUCGCGAUGAUUGCCGCGGCCGUGUACCUUCUCUUCGCUGAUGCCCUCGCCGUGCCGCCCCCUACGGCCGGGUGGUGGCUCGCGGCCUACGUUCUUUGGAUCAUCGGCCUGAAUAUGCUGCAGGUUUGGCUGAUGAACUGACGUGCACCCCGGCGUUAUCAUCUCUGGCGCCUGCAGGAGGGAGUCCUGGACUCCUGGUACUAUACGUAUGGAACGCGCGCUAGGUCUUUUUUCUCACCUUUUCGUUUUGCUUUUUGCGCUGUAAAUAAGUGUAUAUUCCCUGUCUAUGUACAUACUGAUGGAGCUAAGCUGCUCUUGUACAUCCUUAUUCCAUCUGAUAGAUCCUGUGCCAUAUAUAUGACUACUUCAUCAAGCAAUUUUUCUAUUUU